AUGGAGAAUGGAGCGCCGGUGCCAAGAGUUGCCGUAGUGGUGUUUCUGUUGAAGGGGAACGCCGCGUUGUUGGGGCGGCGCCUCUCCUCCAACGGCUACUCCACCUUCGCCCUCCCCGGAGGCCACCUCGAGUUUGGGGAGAGUUUUGAGGAAUGUGCUGCCAGGGAGGUGAAGGAGGAAACUGGUUUAGACAUUGACAGGAUAGAGUUCCUAACUGUUACCAACAACGUCUUCCCGGCGAACCAAUCCCAUUAUGUCACCAUCUUUAUGCGCGCAGUCUCGGCCGAUCCUCAUCAACUGCCCCAAAAUCUUGAGCCUCACAAGUGUUCUGGUUGGGAUUGGUAUGAAUGGAACAACCUCCCAGAGCCACUCUUCGGACCAUUGGAGAAGAUGGUACAAGGGGGUUUUAGUCCCUUCCCAACUUCUUAAUAAAGAUGCAGAGAGAGUGAUUAAUUCCUGGGUUUUGCUCCAUUUCUUGCUCCUUUCUCUUUGAUGGGUUAGUUUAAGAUUAGUCAAAUUUUGUAAUUGGCUGCUGAAAUUGCCAAUGAUAUAGACUCUGGGGAUUUAAUGAGUCUUGAGAUUCAUGCUUCUCUCUCAAGCUGGAUGAAGGGCUGUUUAUAUAAAGUUUGUUUUAGAUUUUUCUUUUUCUUAGCAUAUGAACAAUUUAUGAAGCUCUUCCUAUGGAGGGUAUGUUUGCUUCUACGUUCAUAAAGUUUAAUACAAAUUGCCAACAUGACAGAACC